AUGUUUAAGAAGAAGCCUCAGAUCAAGCCUGCCGCGCCACUACGCUCCUCCGACCGUCGCAAGAUUGCAGAUUCCAUCAUCCAUGACUAUCAACUCACGAUAUCACAACCAGACGAGCCUACACCCGAGCAGAAAGCAGAAGCCACAGCAGCACAUACCGGGUUACGAAACUCCCUGCUACCAGACAAUGUCCAGUCAGCUCGCUUCACGACCACACAUGGACCACAACUGAAGCAAGUCAGCGGCACUGUAUAUAUUGGUCACCCGCCCAACGAAGACUCGAGGAUAUUGUGGUGGCAAAUAGAGGGAGCAUUGUAUCCGUCAGUCUAUACGCUAUGGCGGCAUCCAGACAUGGUGCCAUUGCUACACACGCCAAGUAUAGUCAUCAAGAAGCUGCAAGGAGGAGCAGAUCUCAUGACCCCAGGGCUUGCAGGAGGGCCUCCAUUUCCUGCCCGAGCCAAGAAGGGCUCCGUCGUGGCGAUAGCGAGUACGGAGAACCCCAGUGUACCUGUUGCUGUGGGUGUGUGCGAGAUUGAUGUGUCGGCUUUGCAGCAGGUACAAGGACAGAAAGGACAUGCAGUGGAGAAUCUACAUUGGUGUGGUGAUGAGCUAUGGAGCUUUAGUCCGUCGGAGCGACCUGGCAAGCCAAUGCCAGAAGAGCUUGAGGGUUGGGUGCGUGGAUUGGAGGAUAGAGGUCUGGUGGACAAGGCCGAAGAUCUCAAGCUUGACGAUGAGGCGGACGAGGGUGGUGUAAGUCUCAAUGGUGACGAAGGACAAGCCCAUGCUAUCAACGGCCACACGAACGGUGUGACGGAACCGUCGGGUGACCAAGAACCAAAUGAUGCAGAAGAAGCCAGGGAGAUGUCCCAGAAGGACAUCGACUCUGCCUUCCGCUCUGCAUUCCUGUAUGGCGUGCACCACCACAAAACCACACAAUCUUCAUCACCAACCUUCGGUCUUGUCUUCCCACUAUCGCAGUCCUUCGUCAUGAGCAAUCUCAUACAACCAUUUCUUCCAACAUUCACACCCUUGCAGAAAGAGCAGCUUCAAAUCAAGAAGACGAGCUGGAAGAACAUCAAGAAGUUCAUCAAGGCGCUUGACAAGGAGAAGCUACUGAAAAGCAAAGAGAAAGAUGGUCAUGAGACUGUCAUCCUAGACAUUGACUUCAGAGACAAGGCCAUUGCAGAGUUCAAGCCAUAUCGGCUGCCGAAGAAAGAGUCAGCGAGCGGCAAGAGUGACAAGCCUACCAAUGGCGACGACACAGGCGACGACUCCAUCAGGCAGAAGCUUCAAGUUGUCACUUCCUAUCGCCCGACCAGCAAACUCUCGCCACUCUUCGCAUCCACCACAAAACAACUUCUCACACCACCCGAAGUCCGCGAAAUCAUGACAGCCUACAUCGAGUCCGAAAACCUUGUCCACACAACCAACAAACGCCUAGUGAACCUCAACCCUCUUCUCGGCAAUAGUGUCUUCGACGGAUCUGGUAAUCUUGACAAGGAAGUCCUGGCCAAGGGCUCGGUCCCACGAGAUGCUCUCGUAGAUCGUAUACUCCACAGCAUGAACACCUCUUACGCCAUCCUCCGCAAUGGCGCCUCGAUCACAGAUGCGGGCAUAAAGACCAAGUCUGGCACACCACCAAAAGUCACGAUUGUGCUCGAAACCAGAAGCGGCAACAAGACCAUGACCAAGGUGUCGGGGCUCGAGGCGUACCACAUUAAUGCUAGGCCACUAGCGGAUGAGUUGAGGAAGGUAUGUGCUGGCAGUACUUCGGUGGAGCCAUUGGCUGGCGCCGCGAAGAAGAACGAGAAGGAGGUAUUAGAAGUUAUGGUACAGGGGCCGCAGAAGGAUGCUGUGUUGAAGGCUUUGGAGAAGAGAGGUGUGCAAAGUCGGUGGGUCGAGAUUGUGGACAAGACUAAGGGCAAGAAGCGGUAG